UGAAAAGAUAAAAUAAUGGUUUGCAGAAACAACAAAACAACCGAGUACAUCAUCAAAUUACGAUCAUAGGGUAUCCGUUUCAAUCACUUCUUCUUCUUCCUUCGAAACCCUAGAAAUUCUCAAAUCCCAAUUUCAAAACCCUAAAAAAUUUCAAAAUCCCCCAAAUCACUCUCAAAUCUCAACCAUUACCAUGAAUCUUCCAUCAUCAAAACCCAUUCUCUCUGAAUCUCCUCCCAACAUCUUCCCCUUCGUCAAAGGCGAAUGCUGUAACUGCGGCAUCAAAGACCGUUGGCUUCUCCACAACGUCGUCGUUCGCGGCGUCGAUCGUCGAAUCUGCACUUCCUGCGUCCUCCGUCUUCAUCCAUCAUCAUUCUGUCCUUGUUGCUUCGAAUUCUACGAAAACCCUCUUUCCACCACUUCCUCUGCGCACCGUUUCGUUUCCUGCAUCAAAUGCUCUUCUCUCAGCCAUAUCCAUUGCCUCUCUUCUCCACCACCACCUUCUUACCUUUGCCCACCUUGCUCUCAACCCAAUUUCACCUUCUUCCCUGUUCCUGAAUCCCCAAUUGAUGAAAAACUCUCCAAGAUUUUUCUCUGUGCUUGCAAGGUUGCUUCUUCUUCUAUGAAAAAGCAUUUUCAUUUGUCGAGGAUUAGGUCUGAGAGAGCGGUUAGGGAAGCUGCGAUGGCGAGGAAGAAGACUAAGGAAGCUAUUGAGCAUGUGUUUGCGCUUCAAAAGCUUCAGGGUUCAAUUGGGUUGACUAAUGGGAACAAUGUUGUGGUUAAAAAAGAGGAGUUGAAUGGACAUUCACAAUCGCCGAAUGGUCCUCUCAUUAGCAGAGUUGGGGCUAAUGGGAUUGGGAGUCCUGUGAUUGGGAACAAAAUUGGUGGGGGUAAUGGAAGUGAUGGACGAAUAGGGAAUAAUGGCAGUGGGAAAUUUGGUCCUAGUUUCAAAGCUUUUUAACAUUUGCUAGUGGAUGUGACAACAAUUGAGACUUAUCAAGAUAGACAAGGGCUUGGGUGUUUCUAGAGUUGGUGCUGCUGUGGAGUUUUGAGUAAGAGUACACAUUUGAUCCUGUUGUAGUUUAUACAUGAUACUUUCAUGUAUCCAUUCCAUUCCCUUGUAAAGCUUCUGACCUAAUGUGAUUAUGCAAUUUUAUGUACUUUAAGCGCCCGGCUGUAAUUAGGUUUGAGCUUCUUUUUGUCUGUGUUAGAGUAUCAGAUGUUAAUCCAUUUUUAUACUUCCCUCUUCAUUUUCUUUGACUAUCAUGUGUCAAAUAAGACUAUGGUUAUCUGGGAUUUUCAUAGCUGUAUUCACAGUGGUUCCUCCUCUUCAUUUUCUUUGACUAUCAUGUGUCAAAUAAGACUAUGGUUAUGUGGGAUUUUCAUAGCUGCAAUCACAGUGAUUUUAGUUAUCAAUUUUAUUGGUUGGAUUA